UGACAAUAUUAUUUUAUAUACCAAUGAAGAUAUUGUUUUUUUUCAUGGUACUGACAGAUAAAAAGCUAAAUUGUAAAUAAUAUAAAAACUAUAGUAUGAUCUAUCUCAUUUUAUUUAUUAUUUGGGUAACUCUUUUUGGAAUGUCUAGCGGAGUUAUCAGUUACAAAGCAGAUGGAAGAGCUUUUGUAGUAUCGUAGUAUUUAUUAAUAUUUAUAGAGAUAAAUUAUUUUAUCUUAGCUGAUUUGAGAAUAUAGAUGAUCCUAAAAUUUAUUUCAAUAUUCUACGCAAUCAUCUUUUCUGGAACAUUUUCUAGAGUUUAUUUUGAUUAAACAGACAACUUAUAAAUUAUUUGUGAUACAUUACUAUUUAUUUGCAAUUCUUUGGUAGUUCUUAUAGUGUCUUAUAAAAUCCUUAAAAGCCAAGAAGCUAAAAUGCAUAAAAAUAGAGAAAGUACUGACUCUAAAAUUCACACUGAUACAUAAAAGGAGAAAUGUGAUAAGCAUUAUGAAUAUGGAGAUAUUUAAUCUCAUAAUAAAAAUUAAGCUCAACCUUAUUACUAAGAUGAUUAAUAUGCAAAAUAGAAUCAACAUAAAAUGAAUUUAAUUGAAGGUUCAAUAAAUCAUGCAAUAGGCUCGAAAUAGUAGGUAUUUAAAAGUAGUGGAGCUAAUUUAAGUAAUUAUCAUUAAGACAGAUAAGAAAGCAACCUUACCUUAAAAAACAUUGAAAUAGAAGAGAUAACAAAAAAUAUGGCUAACACUCCUUAAGCAGGAGAAGCUGAUGUUACAGAAGAAACAAGUAUAGCAAGAUAAAUAUCUAAAUAAAGCUAGAAAUAAUAUUCGCCUAAAAAGGCUCUUACAAAUAAUAGUAAUAAAAAUGGAGGCAAUAAUCAAAAUAAAAAUAUAAAUACACAAAAUAAACCAAGCAACAGCUUCUUAUAUUACGCCCGUACUUAUGAUGAUUAAAUAUAAAAAACUUAGUUUGAAGUAAGCUUUAAUUUGGGAGUAAAUAAGAUGAAAGAAGAUCACGAUGAAACUUCUAAUAACCUUCUUUUGUAAGAUUUCUAAAAAACUUAACAGCCUAGCUCAACUUCUAUAAUCGAACCAUAGAGUCAAAAGCAAAUACAACUUAAAUAAUUUCAAAAUAGCAGCGCUUCAUCAAGCUAGUAGAAAAUAUAAUUCAAUAAUAAUACAUUUAAUGCAUAAUAAUAGAUUGAUAGUAUCGCUUGCUCUGGAAUGUUUGCUAAUUCUAAUGAAAGAAGUAAUACUAAAGAAAAAACAGCAUUUUUCAACAACGCUUACAGUUAAGUUUAGUUAGAAACAUUUAAUCAGAUCAAGAAUAGCUAAAUUAUAGAAAAAUCAAGUGAAGAUCAAACGAUUACAGAAAUAAAUAAUGAAUUUGAAAUUUGCUAUAAUAUUUUAAAUUGUGUUGAUUUUGCUGCAUUUAAAAUGGAUAUUUCUGGUAGUUGGAAGAUUGAUUUUCAAAAUUAGGCAGCAAAAAGGCUCUUAGAAUAAAAUAAGAUGGACGUGGCUCAAAUUUUUAAAAGAAUUACCAAUAUCAGUCUGAGUAAAGAGUCUUAUAGCACAAUCUCUAGUUUAGGUCUAAUGAACAACGAUUAUAAAUUUUCUCCAUAAAUCAAAAAUUCUGGGCCUAGAUAAGCAAGUAGCAAAAUAUUUUAAAAGUAUAUGGGAGCAAGUCAAAAAAAUAAGGACGAACUAGUUAGCUCUUUAGCUUAGUUAAAUACCUUUUCAAGAAGAAUAGAUAUGUCGGAGCUGAGACUAUCUCCUAAUCCCUCAAAUAAUCUUAGCUGGUAACAAAACAUAGCAUAGCAGGAGAAUAAUAAGAACCUAAAUAAUUAUUCAGUCAAAUCAAACCAGUAUUAAUCCUGCUAAAGCUCCCCCUCAAGCAUUAAUUCUAUGACUGUUUAUUAGUUCAUAAAUAAUAUUAAGAACAGUUUAAGGAGCUAGAAUUUUGAUGCUUCUUUAAGCAUGUAAAAUUCUUAUAGGACUAAGUCUUAGACAUAUGAUAAAAAUUGUUAAAAACUUUAAAUCUAAACCUUUUCCCUUGAAGAUGGUGUGCGUCUGUUUUCAAAUGAAGACAUAAUUAAAAUUUACAUUGUUAAUAAUAAGUAUAUUGUUGUUAUAAUUGAAAACAUGGAGAAAUAUUAUGAUGCUGCUAAAAAUCAAGUGACAAAGAAUGUACAAAAUCGCAUGCUUUAAACAAUUUCUCAUGAGUUUGGAACAUAUUUAGGUUUUCUGUUUUCAAAUCUCAAUAUAUCUAUGCAAGAUUCAGAAGUACCAGAAAAAAUGAAAACUGAGUAUCUUAUCCCUUUUCACCAAAAUGUGAUGCUAAUCCAUUUAUUAAUUCAGGAUUUUAAAGACUAUCAAGAUAUUCUAAUUAACAGGUUCAAGAUUAGGUUAAUCAAAUCAGAUAUAAUAAAAUUAUUCAAAGAAUCUAUAGACUUAGUAAGAAUGUAAGCAGAGGAUAAAUAAAUAUAAAUCAAAGAACACAUUCAAAAUAUUUAAAGCAACAUUCACAUUGACCCAAUUAGAUUUAAAUAAAUAUUAAUAAAUCUUCUUCAAAACUCUUUGAAAUUCUCAGAUUAAAAUACUUAAAUAGAUAUCUACUUAUAGCAUCCUUCUGAUGAUAAUGAAAAUCUACAAGUUAUUGUUUAAGAUUAAGGAAUUGGGAUGGAUGAAGAAGAAUAAAAAGCUUUGACUAGACUUUUGCAGGAAGGUGUAAGCGAAAAUAAAAUAUCACAUAAAACAUCUGGAUAUGGUUUUGGGUUGACCGUUAGUAAUAAAAUAGCAGUUAAAUUGAAUGAAGAAAUUAUUUGUGAAAAAACAAAACAACCAGAUUCCAAAAAACAAAAAAAACUAAAUUAAUAAAAUCAGUAAGGAUUAUAUUUUGAGUCUAUUCCAAAGAAGGGUAGCAAGUUUUGGUUUUUUAUCAAUGUUGAAAAGAGCGAAUAUUUAAAUUAAUAGCAAUAAAUCAUGUUCUAGUCUAUUUCUAAUUAGAAAAAGCAAAUGCAAACAAGCAUUAUGAUGGUAAAUGACUAGCUCAUUGAAUUCGAAAAUCGCUCUCACCUUACAAAAACAGCUUCUCUUAAUCACGAAUUACGUUGUACACUUUAAGCUGAUAGCGUAUUUAUUGACGAAUAACAUAAAAAUAAAUUAAAUACUUACUCAGUUUUUCCUUCACCUAAAUUGUCUUAAGAAAAUAAGACCUUUAGUAUAAAGUAAUCUUUAAAGCAUUCGAAUGGAAGUAUCUAGGAUAGUACUAGUAGCGACACCAAAAAUAUUCAUAACGUUCCACCAACACUAUAAACAAAUUAAACAAAUAUACAUUUAAGCUAUAUAAACUCUAGUUCAGAAAAUUAGUCACCUAAACCUCCUCAAAUUAAGGCAAAUAAUUCUACAUUCUCAUUCAAUAAUGCAUGUUAACAAGCAUAGAGAAAUACAUCCAAUGAUAUUAGCAAAUGCACAAAAUCUGUAGAAAAUAACAGAAGCAUUGAAGAAGUAGAAUAAUUAGAAAUGAGUGAUCACCUUCCACCAAUCCCUAAUUCAAAUAUAGAAGAAAAGGCAUUCGAAGUACUAAGAUAAAACAAACUUUCAGAUACAGAAUUAAGUUUAGAACAAAACGAUUAAAUUGGAUCACUUAAUUAAAUUAAUUUAAAUAUUGGUGAUUUAUGCCGCUAAUAAAAAUCAGAAAUGUUCUUGUAAAGCAUUGACUUGCCUUACAUAUUAAUAGUAGAUGACUGCUAGACUAAUCAUUACUGCUUGAUGUUAUAUUUAGAAAAAAUAUUUAAAAUUUCAAAGAAAUAAAUACUUCAAGCCUACAAUGGAGUUUAGGGAUAUGAAAAGUUUUUACAAUAUCAAAGUAAAGUUUAAUAGAUUUGUUAAAUAUUUAUCUAAGAAUUUAAUUUAUAAAACAAAGGUAAAAUAAAAUUAAUUUUUAUGGAUCUUAACAUGCCCAUAUAAAAUGGAAAAGAAUCAACCCAACAAAUUAGAGAAUAUGAAAAAGAAAACAAUUUAAAAAGCUCUGCAAUAGUUGCUUAUACAGCAUAUAGUGAUCCAACUACAGAAAACGAAUGCCUAACUGAAUGUGGAUUUAAUUACUUCUUAGCUAAGCCUCUUACAGAUGCUAAUAAAUUAAGAGAAAUUUUGCAAUAUGAAGAACUAAUUAGCUGAUUUUAUUUAAAAUAAAUAUUAUAUUUUUUGAAAACAACUUCAAAUUUCUUAAUGAAUAUUUUUUCCAGGUUCUUUUAAAAUUUUUUCUUAGAAUUAUAGUUCUUUGGUAUCAUUUAAAUAAAUGAUAAAAUUUUCUAUUAAAUAAAUAAUUAGUUAAACUUACCAAAAUAGUAAAUAAGAAUAAACUAACUAAUUGAAUGACUAAAAAUUUUGGAUUUGCUUUCUUUACUAUAAUAAAUGUAUAUAAGAAAAAUGAAUAACUAACUAACUAACUAACAAAAUAACUUAAUAACAAACAAACAAAUAAAUUAAUUAACUUACUAACUACCUCUCUAACUUAUAAAUAUAAAUUGAAAUACACUACUUGAAAAUAUAUUAAAUAUAUGUUACCUUGCUUUAUUAUUUAACUAAAUAUAAAUUUGUACUCAAUACUUUAUCAAUAUAACUAACUAACUAACUAUCUAGCAAUUAGCUAUUGUUCAUUAUUCUUA